AGAACCUCAAAAGCUCAUCUGCCUCAUCUCUAAAAUGAGUAUAGCUGUUCCUGCUUCUUGGUGGCCUGUGAGGAUUAAGUAAAUUUGGCUAAGACAAUGGGAGGGUGCUAACAUUUAGUAGGUCUUCACAGUUCCAGCAGGUCUCUGCCACCUACAGUAGCUGGCCCAAUCUGCCUCCACAUUGCUGGGGGCAGGGGAGGGAGAGGAAGCGUGCUAAACUGGAAGGGUCACCAGGUCCCUGUUGUAUUCAGCCCCACCACCUGAAUCCUGGGCUCUCAGGUUCCAUUCCACCCUCCACCUGACUGAUGAUCAGGAGCCAAUCACUUGGGCCAUCUUCCUUGCACGGCAAGAGAAAGGCACUCGGAUGAGGAGGACCUCUCAUCCUGGGGCUAGCAGGUAGACCUGACAUGCUGGGUGCAGAACUGCCACGGGUGUUGUGAGUGCAGUGCCUCCCUUUCACACCAGUACUAUGAGAAGGAUGGGCAGCUCUUCUGCAAGAAGGACUACUGGGCCCGCUACGGCGAGUCUUGCCAUGGGUGCUCAGAGCACAUCACCAAGGGGCUGGUCAUGGUGGCCGGGGAGCUGAAAUACCACCCCGAGUGCUUCAUCUGCCUCACAUGUGGGACCUUCAUCGGUGACGGGGACACCUACACACUGGUGGAGCACUCCAAGCUGUACUGUGGACACUGCUAUUACCAGACUGUGGUGACCCCCGUCAUUGAGCAGAUCCUGCCUGACUCGCCCAGCUCCCACCUGCCCCACACAGUUACCCUAGUAUCCAUCCCAGCCUCGGCUCAUGGCAAACGUGGUCUCUCGGUCUCCAUCGACCCACCUCACGGCCCACCGGGCUGUGGCACAGAGCACUCCCACACCGUCCGUGUCCAGGGAGUGGACCCAGGCUGCAUGAGCCCAGAUGUGAAGAAUUCCAUCCAUGUUGGAGACCGGAUCCUGGAAAUCAAUGGCACGCCCAUCCGGAAUGUGCCUCUGGAUGAGAUUGAUCUGCUGAUCCAGGAAACCAGCCGCCUGCUCCAGCUGACUCUGGAACAUGACCCCCACGACACACUGGGCCACGGGCUGGGGCCUGAGCCCAGUCCCCUGGGCUCCCCAGCGCACAGUCCCAGUGAGGCAGGCAGCUCUGCCCGGCAGAAGCCUGUCCUGAGGAGCUACAGCAUCGGCAGGUCUCCGGGUGCCGCCUCCCCAGGCUCCCCAGCCUCCCAGCACAAGGACCUGGGUCGCUCUGAAUCCCUCCGCGUGGUCUGCCGGCCACACCGCAUCUUCCGGCCGUCAGACCUCAUCCAUGGGGAGGUGCUGGGCAAGGGCUGCUUCGGCCAGGCCAUCAAGGUGACACACCGGGAGACAGGUGAGGUGAUGGUGAUGAAGGAGCUGAUCCGCUUUGAUGAGGAGACCCAGAGGACAUUUCUCAAGGAGGUGAAGGUCAUGCGAUGCCUGGAGCAUCCCAACGUGCUCAAGUUCAUUGGGGUGCUCUACAAGGACAAGAGACUCAACUUCAUCACCGAGUACAUCAAGGGGGGCACCCUCAGGGGCAUCAUCAAGAACAUGGACAGCCAGUACCCAUGGAGCCAGAGGGUGAGCUUUGCCAAGGAUAUCGCUUCUGGGAUGGCUUACCUCCACUCCAUGAACAUCAUCCACCGUGAUCUCAACUCCCACAACUGCCUGGUCCGUGAGAACAAGAACGUGGUGGUGGCUGACUUUGGGCUGGCGCGGCUCAUGGUGGAUGAGAAGACACAGUCCGAGGACCUGCGGAGCCUCAAGAAGCCAGACCGUAAAAAGCGCUACACAGUGGUGGGCAACCCCUACUGGAUGGCGCCGGAGAUGAUCAAUGGCCGCAGCUAUGACGAGAAGGUGGAUGUGUUUUCUUUUGGAAUCGUUCUGUGUGAGAUCAUCGGGCGGGUGAACGCCGACCCUGACUACCUGCCCCGCACCAUGGACUUUGGCCUCAAUGUGCGAGGUUUCCUGGACCGCUACUGUCCCCCAAACUGCCCCCCAAGCUUCUUCCCCAUCACCGUGCGCUGCUGUGAUCUGGACCCUGAGAAGAGGCCCUCCUUCGUGAAACUAGAGCACUGGCUGGAGACCCUCCGCAUGCACUUGGCCGGCCACCUGCCACUGGGCCCGCAGCUGGAGCAGCUGGACAGGGGCUUCUGGGAGACCUACCGGUGUGGCGAGAGUGGACUGCCAGCCCACCCUGAGGUCCCUGACUGAGCCCAGCCCACCCAGCUGCCCCUGUCCCCACCUCCGGAGAAUCCACCCUGCACCAGAUACCCUGCAGGAAGUGGCCAGGUGUGGAGCCCCAGCUGGUGGCAGGUUCCAGAACCCUCCCCAGCAUCAGGCCCUCACUUGCUUCCUCCUACCCUGCAGGCUGCAGUCCCUGCCCUGUCUCUGCUCCCGGCCCCAGAGCUGGUCUGGCUGCACACACACCGUCACCUCACCCUGCCUCACCUCUGUCUUGGUGGGGCUGCCCACUCUCGCUUCUCCUUGCAUGAGCUGGAGGGCUAGUGUGAGCUGCGCCCCAUCCCGCACCCCACUGCCCCCAGCCACACUGCCCCUACGCCAUCAGACUGUGCCCUGAAAUGGCUGGGCACAUAGGGGGGCAUGUAUCAAGAGGGAGCCCGUGUUUCCAAGAGCUCACGGGGAGUCUGGGGCCCAUCGCCCCCCAGGGGGUGUCUAAGUAGCAGCAGGUACUGAUAAUUAUCCAAACCCCCAAAGCAGAGGAAGGUCUGCUCCCAUGGGGUGGAAGCCCCCAUUGGCCAAGCAGCAGCCCUCUCCUGCUUUGGGGAUUUCCAUUUCUUUAUUGAAGCCACUUGAAGGAGAAGCAGGCACCAGGCCUCAGGGUGAAGGGAGUGUCCCUUGAAGGAGAGGAGAGCCAUGGUCCCUGGGCCCGAGCUGCUGGGAGGAGCAGCCAGCGGGGCUGGGCAGAGUGGACAAGGCACGUGUCCACCAGCAUCCCAGCCCCCGGAGUUCAUCUCAGCGCCCCUCUGGCUUCUCCCACAGCUCCCUGCCAGUGGCUGGAGCGGCCCCUGCCCUUCCCCAUGCCCCUCUGUCCCUGGGUUCCUUCUGUGUAAUCUAUUUUUUAAGAAGAGUUUGUAUUAUUUUUUCAUACGGCUGCAGCAGCUGCUGCCGGGGGCUUGGGGUUUUAUUUUUUUGGCGGGUGGGGGUGGGGGGGCCAUUUUGUCACUGCCUCAGUUGAGCAUCUAGGAAGUAUUAAAACUGUGAAGCCUUCUCCGUGCACUUUGAACCUGGAAAACAAUCUCAAUAGGCCCACAGGACUAGGACUCAGGGAGGUGAGACACAGUCACCUCCAUCCAGGAACCAUGUCUAAGGAACAACACCCAGACUCAGAAUAAUAAACUCAAGUCCAUACUCCUCAC